GCAUACCAAAAUGGGUGGAUCUUGCAGAUCUUGCCCUCUAUUAACGGCAGCAAAAACAUACGAUUGAUUGAAGGCAGGACUACUAGUCAGUAAUGGAUGGGAAGCUGAUACAACUCGUGGGGAAAUGUUGGGGAAAGUAUCCACACCUCGGUUGCACUUUUAUUUAGUUCACAUGUUGCGCUGUUGACUAGCGUACUAGAAAAGAGGGAGUGGCCUCGAGGGCGAUCAAAAUGAUGCCUAAAUUCUUUACCCGCAGCUUCACAACACAUGCCGCCUCGAGAUGGCUACAAUCACACGCAAUCCGUUGGACUCGAUGAAGUCCACUUGGCGUUCGUGGGAUCGAACGCAGUGGAGCGCAGCCCACUGGCUUAUCGAGACCCUCAAUAUACACCAUAUCGAUCUUGAUAAAGAGGUGCCGGUUCACCAGAAGACCGACAAGGUUCCUUACGCUCCAGAGCUACAAUUUCAUCGUUGGGUCCUCAUCCACGCCAGCAUCCCACUCAUCAUUCAUCAACUCUAUGUGAACUAUGUCGGUCAACCCUCGGCACUGCUGGUGUUCGUCUUUUACAGCCUGUCCCUGGAGUUAAUUGCUAUUCACGAAAUACAUGUCCUGCGCCGAGUCGGACAUAAGAUUGGAUUUUUCGAUGGCGACAAGCAUGCCCGUGAUGGUGUGCCCGAUGUUGGAGUCCGGAAGACGGCCCAGACACUCCUGUCAGUUAUAUUCCUUCGCCCCAUGGCCACGGUAAUCAUCUCCUAUCGCGCAGACGAAGCCCCAUCCUCGAUCCGAUGGGGAUGGCUCAUCUUUGAAACCGGCGUGUACGCAGUCGUGCUGGACUUCUGGUAUUACUUGUUCCACCGCUCUGCACACGAAACAGAACUCUUGUGGCAGUUCCACCGCCGACACCACCUGACAAAACAUCCGAACCCUCUGUUGACGGCGUAUGCGGACCUCGUACAGGAGUUCUUCGAUCUUGUCGGUACACCUUUGAUCACAUAUGGCACAAUGAAGCUGAUGGGGUUCCCCAUGGGCUUCUACGAGUGGUGGAUCUGCCAGCAAUAUAUCAUCUUUACCGAGAUUUUGGGUCACAGCGGUUUGCGAAUGAUCGCCACUGCGGUGAAUCCCUGGACCUCGUUUUUAAGGCUGUUUGAUAUGGAACUCUUGCUCGAGGACCAUGAUCUUCAUCAUCGCAAGGGCUGGAAGAGCAGUUAUAAUUAUGGGAAGCAGACCCGCGUGUGGGAUCGCUUGUUCAACACAUGCACCACUCGUAUAGAGGGACAUCAAGAUAAUAUUGACUAUGUGAACACUGCGGAAAUUCCAUUACACUGA